GCGCGGCCUCUUCGCAUUUUUCAGAAACCGGCGUUUCUUCGGCGGCAUUUCGGUACCGUCCCGAGGAGGGGAGACACGUUGGCGUGCUAUUUAUUUAUUUAUUGUACUUGUCUUUUAACUUUUCCGGAGCCAGCAUGCUCGGCCUGUUCCUCUACGUCCCGGUGUCCAACUCGGACCGGGUCGCGGUGGAAUGCUUCGAGUCCAAAGGACUGCCGUCGGAGCUGAAGUCUGUCUUCGACAAACUGAGUGUGUUCCUGCCGUCUCAGGAGUUUACAACCUACCAGAGGUGGCGAAAGAAAAACUUAAAAGGGGAAGAAAAUGGCCCAGCUGUACAGUUGGACUUUGAGGAGUUUGUUCACUAUCUGCAAGACCAUGAGAAAGACCUGAAGCUGGUGGUGAAAAGCCUUGACAGGAAGAAUGCAGGCCACGUUGAUCCCAAAGAGUUCAUGCAGUCUCUUAACGACCUUGGUGUGCAUAUUUCCCUGCAGCAUGCGGAGAAUGCCCUUAACAGCAUGGAUAAGAACGGAAUGAUAACAAUCAGCCGUAAAGACUGGAGCAACUACAUGAUGGAGAAGACUGAGAACAUCCCUGAGAUCAUCCUCUACUGGAAACACUCCACGAUGUUCGAUGUGGGUGAGAACCUGAUGGUGCCAGAUGAGUUCACCAGUGAGGAGAAACUGACAGGGAUGUGGUGGAGGCACUUGGUCGCAGGUGGAGGAGCUGGAGCUGUUUCCAGGACUUGCACCGCCCCCCUGGACCGACUCAAACUCAUGAUGCAGGUUUACGGAUCCCGAACCAACAACAUGUGCAUCAUGAGCGGGCUGAUGCAGAUGAUCAGAGAGGGCGGGAUGAGGUCGUUGUGGCGAGGCAACGGCGUGAACAUCAUCAAAAUCGCCCCCGAGUCGGCCCUCAAGUUCAUGGUGUAUGAGCAGAUUAAACAUUUGAUCGGCAGUGAUAAGGAGAGACUGUGCAUCUUGGAGCGAUUUGUUGCAGGAUCCCUGGCUGGAGUGAUCGCCCAGAGCACCAUUUACCCCAUGGAGGUUCUGAAAACCCGUCUCGCUCUGAGGAAGACCGGGCAGUACGCCGGCAUCUCGGACUGUGCCAAGCAGAUUUUUAGAAGAGAAGGGCUCGGGGCGUUUUAUAAAGGCUUUAUCCCCAACAUGCUCGGCAUCAUCCCCUACGCAGGCAUCGACCUGGCAGUAUACGAGACGCUGAAGAACAGCUACCUGCAGCAGUACGGCACCAACAGCACGGACCCCGGCGUCUUCGUGCUGCUGGCCUGCGGCACCGUCUCCAGCACCUGCGGUCAGCUCGCCAGUUAUCCGCUGGCCCUGAUCCGGACCCGCAUGCAGGCGCAAGCUGCAACAAAGGGCAGCCAGCAGGUGAAGAUGACGGGUCUCCUCAGGCAGAUCCUGCAGACCGAGGGCCCGACGGGGCUCUACAGAGGCCUGGCCCCCAACUUCCUUAAAGUCGUCCCCGCCGUCAGCAUCAGCUACGUGGUCUACGAGCACCUAAAGAUGCAGCUGGGAGUGACCUCGCGCUGAAACUCGCCCUCUGUUUGUCACGUGACUUCAAAGCUUGAAUGGGACAGGUGACCCUCACCCCAACAAACCACCGCCCAACCCGCCCCUCUCUCCUACGGCUCAUGCUAGGGAAUCCCAGGGACCUGACGGCCCCUCCCGGGGUUCGUGGAGCUAUCUCAUUCUGUGAAUGUCAGCUGAUUGAAAGAUGAGAAAAGACAGUGAACGUUGGAAAGGCCAAGGUGGAGGAUAUGGACUCUGUGAGCUCAGGUUGUCGUGACUGUGACUGCUGCUAUUUAUGUUUUAAGAGAAGUCGCAUGGAGAGCUGAAACGUGAGGAAUAUGAGUGACUGUAAAUCCAGGACCAAAUGUUUUUGUGCCUCCAGCCAUUUUGUGUUUUGGUGCCUGAACACAUGCACAGUUUUUUUUUUUUUUUUCGUGUUGAAUAACUCUACUAAACUAAAAAAAAAACAAAAACCUCCCAUUCAAAGUACUAGGCAGAUACAGCAUUAAUAAGCUCUUUAAGAAGUUUUAUUCUUUUACAGUUCUGCCUUUAGGAGGAAAUGAUCGUGUCCCUGAAUGGGAGGAUUUUGCACACGUGAGUUUGAUCUCUCUCCACCUCCGUCCUUGAGCGAAUGGAUCGAUGACAGGAUUUUUCUGAAUGACUGCGGAGUAUUUAUUUCCAUCCAUCCUGUAUUUAUUGUUUUUAUUGUCUAGGCGAGAGAGGAGGCUCACAGCGGUUCCUGUUUCCCGUCUGAAGAGCCAAAUGUGCGAUUUUUUUGAUAAGUUUUUUUAAAAUGCAGUGUGAUUGAAUUGAGGGUGGGAAACUGGCACCGGACAUCAGCCUUAACGUGUGGCUGUCGAACACUAAUUCUUGUUGUCUGGUGAAUUGUUCAUUAAAGCAGGUGGUAGGUUGCACCAAGAAAGCUUUUUUUGUUUUGUUUUUGUUUUGUUUUUGUUACUCAAACAGCUUCAGAUUAUGUCUGUUAAUGAGUGUUGUUUUAUUUAUUUAUUUUUUUUUUCCAUGCUGAAAAAAAAAAAGUAUAAAUGUAUAACUGUUCACCUCAGGUUUAAGGGCAGAUUAUUGUUUAAUUCAGAGAAGAGCACAUGCAUUUUUUUUUUUUUUUCUCGCCACAUUUAUAGAGAAAACAAGGGCUGAAAAAGAUGAGCAACGUAAUGCACUUUAAUCAAUGCUGGAGGUGCCUCUGAAUGAAUGUCAUGCCACGCCAGCUGUUAGGAUUUAAUUCUUUUUGUGAAGAAUAUGUUUUAAUGUUGUUUUAAUGGACCACUUUUGAUGCAAAUAAAUGCAAACUCUU